AUGUGGACAGGGAGGAGACAAGGCUCUUGGAGCGUCUAGAAAGGCUAAGGUACUCUGCAGUUUUCCUAAUUUGGUUUGUUUGCAUAUCUUUGCUAGUCACAAACGACCCCACCAGCUCCCCGGCGUGGGCAACACUAAGGGAGAGGAGUUGUGUCUUAAAGCAUGUCCUCCUUGUGUUUUAAAGCGUGUCCUUGAUUGGCUUUCUGCUUCUCACAUGAGCUUGCAUAAGUUUGAAAUACUGUUGCCAGACUUGUGUAUCAUUCUGCUACUUGUGCUUCUUAUAUAUUCAUAUGUUCCGUGAUCUUUUAGGCUCCUGCAGUCUCUUUUUCAGCUUGCAUCCUAAGUUUUUCUUAACAGAUUCAGCACGUAGAUUUUGGGAAACUUAAUCACUGUUAACAAUUGUUACAACACAUUAUUAAAAUAGGGGAAGCCACAGUCAUUACAGCCUACCUUAGUUAUUGAUCACUGUUAAAAUUCCUGCAAAGUGGCCCACGAGUGGUAGGAAUUCUGCUCCGUUUGUGUGGCUGUUUUCUUUGAUGAAUUCUUUUUAACUUUAGAGGUAACCUUCUUCCAUGACUGUUUCUUAGGUCUCACUACAAUCCUGAUAUGCAGAAGUGGGGUGCUGCCCCUGUGGACCAUGCUCUAGCUUUUCAAACUGCUAGAACUGUCAGUGUUUCUCAGCCUCGGCACUAUUGACAUUUUGGGACCAGUGGUUCUUCGUUGUUGGCAGAGAGUGGGGUGUUGACCUGUGCACUGUAGGAUGUGAGGUGGCAUCCCUGGCCUCUACCCACCAGGUGCUAGUAGCACCUUCUGUGGACCGCCCCCCAACUUUUCCACCAAACUAAAAUGUCUCUAGACGUUGCCACAUAUCGUCUGGGGGACAAAAUCACACUUAGUUGAGAACCACUGUUCCAUAUUCUACACACAGAAGCCAGAAGGAUAUUUUUAAAAUGUAAAUGGCAUCAUGCCAUUCCCCUGUUGGAAACCCUCCAAUAUUUUCCUGUUGACCUUAGAAUAAAUCUCAAACUCCUUACUGUGGCUUAGAGGACGUUCUGUGGACUGGCCCCUGCUUGCUUUUAAUCUCCUGUCUUCAUUCUGCUUCCAUGUAUAUAUAAUUGCCCCUCUCUCAUUCCAGCCACACUGGCCUUCUUUCUGUUCCUUGAACAUUCAAAACUUGUUCCAUCCAUCUUUUGUAUUUGUUGUUCCUUCUGCCUAGAAUGCACCCUUUCCAGAUCACUCACACACAUCUCAGAUUAAAUGUUACCUAAUCAGUAAGGCCUUCCCUGACCAUUUUAUCAAAAGAAACGUCUUAAUUCCAUUCUCUACCACAUUACCCAUAUAUUUCCUUCAUAGUGCUAAUCACAGCAGCAAAUUGUCUCGUUUCAUCAUUGCCUGUCUGCCUUUUCACCACGGGUCCCUGACGUGGCGGGAGGUCGUUUCCAUGCGCUUCGAGGAGGCUUCCAGGUGCCAGGAGGACGCCUCGAGGACGCCAGGGAGCCACUUUCCUGACGGGGAGAGGGAAGGCCCCUCGCUGCGGCCCUGUGAGGUCUCCACCCAUCGGGACGACGUCUCCACGCGGACCGUGGACGUCUCUGCGUAGCGGGCGGUCUCCACCAGGGCGAAGAGUGCUUGCUCCCUGGGCUGAGGCCAUUCUGCCAGGGGUGAGGGGACCAGGGAGGCCUCUGGGUACCCCACACACCAACCGUCACUGCAGGCAGAAGAAAGGAAAACAACUGUACUGCCACAGAGGGGAGCGCCACAACACGAUGACGUGGAAGCACCACGGUCCUUCGAAGGCCAAAACACGGCUCCUGCCCCUCGGUCGCUCCCACGGCCCUGCCCCCGCCCCCUGGCUGUUCGGGAGCCAGCGGGCAUAGAGCGGGCCGGGAUGGGUGGAGUCUCCCGGUCUCACAUCCCACAAUGCCCCGAGACCGGAAGCGGGAGCCGUGGUUUCCGGAACUUCCCUCGCCACUCUGGGCGUUUGCUCUGUCGGGCUGGUGGCGAGUUGGUGUCUCUGGUUGUUAUGGCCGCCGCCGUCGCUAUGGAGACAGAUGAUGCUGGAAAUCGACUUCGGUUUCAAUUGGAGUUGGAAUUUGUGCAAUGUUUAGCCAACCCAAAUUACCUUAAUUUUCUUGCCCAAAGAGGUUACUUCAAAGACAAAGCUUUUGUUAAUUAUCUUAAAUACUUGCUUUACUGGAAAGACCCAGAAUAUGCCAAGUAUCUAAAGUACCCUCAGUGUUUACACAUGUUAGAGCUGCUCCAAUAUGAACACUUCCGAAAGGAGCUGGUGAAUGCCCAGUGUGCGAAAUUUAUUGAUGAACAGCAGAUUCUACACUGGCAGCACUAUUCCCGGAAGCGGAUGCGCCUUCAGCAAGCCUUGGCAGAGCAGCAACAGCAAAAUAACACGUCGGGAAAAUGAAACACUGGAUACAGACGAGGCUCUGAAGACAUAUAUAUAUAUAAUGUAUUUCUUCUGUAUAGUGAAGACAAAAAGAAUGAAACUCUUCCUAUCUAGCUUUAUUAUGGUAGCCCCUAGAACCUUUAGUGUGCUUUUUAAUCCAACUAACUCUUUAUUGUUAAUAGACCAUCACUGUUAAACCUGAAGUGUUCUACUUUGAUUUC